AUGUCCCCUGCCCAGCCCUGGUUCACACAGGAGCAACUCUCUGGUACAUUGCGCAAAUAUUACCAACAUAUCCUCACUUUCCAAUUUGCUGUGGAUGAGAUCAACAAGAACCCCAAUUUGCUGCCGAACAUAACCUUGGGAUAUCAGUUGCUCAAUAACUUUCAUCUAAACAGUCUAGCUGUGGAGAGCUCCUUGAUAUGGCUGUCACGGAUGGGUCCAACUGUCCCUAACUAUAGCUGUGGCAGGCAGCCCAAUUCAGUGGCUAUCAUUGGAGGGAUGUCAUCCACAUUGUCCAUGGCCAUGGCCACCAUUUUAAAACUUUAUAAAGUUCCACAGAUCACCUAUGGCCUAUUUGGUGUUCUUCCUACUGAUAAGAUUCAAUAUCUGUAUGUCUAUCAGAUGGGCAUCAGGGAAUCUGCUCUUCACCACACAUUCAUCUAAUUGAUGCUCCAUUUUGGCUAGACUUGGGUGGGAGUGGUACUUUCAGAUAAUGAGAGAGGUGAAAAUUUCUUCAGUGAUCUGAAAGAGGAGAUGGUCAGGAAUGGUCUGUGUGUAGCCUUUAAGGAAAGAGUGUCCCCAAAUGUUGCAUUUGAUGAGCAUUAUAAUCUCACUUCUAGGAUCAUUGCAUCAUCAAAUGUGAUUUUCAUCUAUGGAGAUACAGACUCCCUUCAACAACUUGUGUUUGCAUUUGUUAAUUACGUACUUUAUGGGAAGAUGUUGGUUGCCACCACUUCUUGGGAUUUUUCUUUUGAUUCUAGUACUCAGAGGGUCCUGGAGUUGGUGAUUGCCUGCUCUACCACUCUGGGGAUCAGGAUCUUCCUCUGGUUUGGUGAGAUUGAGACGCUGGUGAAAGUGGGUGAAGUGACCCCUCAGGGUCAGGUAUUCAGCAUUAAUGAAGAAUACAUAGAAUGGCCAGGAGAUUUCCUUCAGGAGACAUCUGAAGUCAUCAUCUUCUCAUUGGAUCUAUCUUUCAUCAGUCAUUCUUACAGUGACAUUUUCUCCCUUUUUAUGGUGGAAACACAUACUCUGACUUCCACGUGCAGUCUGAGCUGUGGCCCUGGAUUCAAGAAGACAGUCGGUGAAGGUCAGCCCAUCUGCUGCUUUGAUUGCACCCCAUGCCCUGAACGGCAGAUUUCCAACCAGACUGAUGCAGAGGAAUGUCUUCAGUGCCCUGAAGAUGAGUACCCAAGUUGGGAGAGAGAUCAAUGUCUCCCCAAGACUGUGACCUUUUUGGCCUAUGAAGAGCCUCUUGGAAUGAGUCUGGCCUGUGCAGCUCUCUACUUCUCUCUUCUCACUGCUCUGGUCCUUGCAGUCUUUGUGAAGCACAGAGACACCCCCAUAGUCAAAGCCAAUAACCGCACUCUCAGCUACAUUCUUCUGGUCUUCCUCAGCCUCUGUUUCCUCUGCUCCCUGCUCUUCAUCGGCCAUCCUAACACAGCCACUUGUCUCCUGAGACAAACCACAUUUGCAGUUGUGUUUACAGUGACCAUUGCCUCCAUUUUAGCUAAAACCAUCACUGCGGUUCUGGCCUUCAAGGCCACAAAGCCAAGGAGCAAACUCAGGAGGGGGCUGGGCUCCACAACAUCUUAUUCUCUCAUUUUAAUCUGUACUCUAAUCCAAAUGUGUCUCUGUGGCAUCUGGCUUGGGACAUAUCUCCCAUUGCUGGAGACAGAUAUACACUCUGAGCCUGUCUUCAUUGUCAUUCAGUGUAAUGAAGGCUCCAUCCUCACCUUCUACUGUGUCCUGGGCUAUAUGGCCUUCCUGGCCUUGGGGAGCUUCACAGUGGCUUUCUUGGCCAAGAAUCUGCCAGACACUUUCAAUGAAGCCAAGUUUCUGACAUUCAGCAUGCUUGUAUUCUGUAGUGUCUUCAUAUCUUUUCUGCCCACAUAUCAGGGCACCAAAGGCAAGCCCUUGGUGGCCGUGGAGCUCUUCUCCAUCUUGACUUCCAGUGCUGGGAUUCUUACUUGCAUCUUUGCUCCCAAGUGCUAUGUGACCCUUCUGAGAUCAGAGAGAAAUACCCUGAAGAUAAUAAAUGUAACUUCAGAAACAAGGAGAAGAAGCCCACAUAGGACUAGGUCCCCUUCUUUUGUAUAUGAAAGAAAAAUCUUUAGCAACAGAGAAGGUGCCUACAGUUGCAUGAACAACAACACCCAGUCACCUUACAGUGCCUUGGCUCCUCAGAGAUCUGGGAUGUUGGCCAUAGGCCUGGGGAAACUAAAGCACUUGUUCUCCAGGUCAUUUGUGCUCCUGCUCUUGCAGCUUUCUCUUUCUGAGUAUCACAUGGAGAAGAGUCCUUGUCAUAUAAAAAGAGCUUACAGUCCCACCUAUAGAAAAGAAGGUGACCUAGUGAUCGGGGGCUUCUUCUCCUUGUUUAUGAAAAUACAGCAUCAUGUGAACAGGUUUUUCUUCAAAACUCCCAUUUGGUUCGCUGCAGAUUCAAGGACCAAGGGCCCUUGGUCGCCGAUCUGUGCAGCAGCUAAGUGCUUCCUGCUGGCUUGCUCAGAGACCUUCUGCACUGGGCUGAGCUCCUCGCCUCCCAGCCCCAAAACCAAUGGAGACAGACAUUUCCUGAAGUCCUUCCAAGUUAUCUGA